AGAGCCGGGAGAGUCUCCUCUGAGACCCGGCGACAGGCUAGCGCAAAGCCUCAUCCAACCUCCUUCCUCAUCCCUUCUGCGCGAAGGCCGAAGAGGAAGGCUCGAGAGGCAGGUGUUGGGGGGGAACAUUGCCCCCCCAUCUCCUGAACCUUUGGGGAUUCCAUCAGUGCACCCUGAUCCCAAUCCAGAAGACCGGACGGUGCUGGACUUGUGUUUCCAUCCAUCACGGUGCUCUGCUGGCCCUUGGAACGCCCGGACCCUCCUCCGCUUCCCCCUCCUCUUCCUCCUCCAGGGCCACCCCCUCCCCCACUCCCAUCUGCUUGGGCUGUCAAACGAGAAAGUCACCGAGGAGAACCCAAACACUCCAGCCACCGAGAGUCCCCUUUGGCACUUGGCAGCGCGCAGCGGCCGGCUACUCUUCUCAACUUGCUGGAUCCUCCGCCGCGCAACUUUCCCCGCUGCUUGGCUUUUAAAGCACAGCAGACCGAGAAGGGGGAGAGCGGUGCCCGGUAGUGGCCACCUGCCGGGAGUUGGCGAGCAAACGCCACCGGACAGAAGGACAAAAAGAAAGCAGAGGGCAAAGCGCCACCGCGGACUGGGGACGCCGCAGAGAAGUUCGGGGGUCUCAAGAUUUUCUCGAGCUCUCGGCCGGGGAGACCAAGGCGGCCAGGGGCGCAGCGCCGCGAUCCUGGGCUGGUCCUGCGGUCCCCUCUUCCCGCGCGGGAGCGACUCCGGGACGCUCGCCCGCCGGCCGAGCGGGUCCCCGCGGGCAGCCAACAUUGAUUUCCUCCGGGCCGAGGGCGAAGGCCCGGGAGGCGGCGGCGGGUUGCAGCCGCGGCACGGCGACAGCAUGUCGAAGCCGGUGGACCACGUCAAGCGGCCCAUGAACGCCUUCAUGGUGUGGUCGCGGGCGCAGCGGCGCAAGAUGGCCCAAGAGAACCCCAAGAUGCACAACUCGGAGAUCAGCAAGCGCCUGGGCGCCGAAUGGAAGCUGCUCACCGAGUCGGAGAAGAGGCCGUUCAUCGACGAGGCCAAGCGCCUGCGGGCCAUGCACAUGAAGGAGCAUCCCGACUAUAAGUACCGGCCGCGGCGCAAGCCCAAGACGCUGCUCAAGAAGGACAAGUUCGCCUUCCCGGUGCCCUACGGCCUGGGCGGCGUGGCGGACCCCGAGCACCCGGCGCUCAAGGCGGGAGCUGGGCUGCACGCGGGCGCGGGAGGCGGCCUGGUACCCGAGUCGCUGCUCGCGAAUCCGGAGAAGGCGGCGGCCGCGGCCGCUGCGGCCGCCGCGCGCGUCUUCUUUCCGCAGUCGGCCGCCGCCGCCGCCGCCGCCGCUGCCGCCGCCGCUGCGGGCAGCCCCUACUCUCUUCUUGACCUGGGCUCCAAGAUGGCAGAGAUCUCGUCGUCGUCGUCCGGCCUGCCGUACGCGUCGUCGCUGGGCUACCCCACGGCCGGCGCUGGCGCCUUUCACGGCGCGGCGGCGGCGGCUGCAGCAGCGGCGGCAGCCGCCGGGGGGCACACGCACUCGCACCCCAGCCCGGGCAACCCGGGCUAUAUGAUCCCGUGCAACUGCAGCGCCUGGCCCAGCCCGGGGCUGCAGCCGCCGCUCGCCUACAUCCUGCUGCCCGGCAUGGGCAAGCCUCAGCUGGACCCCUAUCCUGCGGCCUACGCCGCAGCGCUAUGACCCCGCGGGGCCCACUCGCGAGGACUUGUGUGCACACGUGUAUAUAUGUAUAGAUACGAGUCCCGCGGCCUCCCCGUGCGCCCUCCCGCGACUCGGGGGUCGGGUUUGUUUGUACAUAGAUGUAUAUAGGUGUCAGGCAGAGGCGAAGAUGCCAGUCCGGGCUCGAGUGGCCGAGCGCGCCAGCUGCAGCCAACUUUAAAGAGGGCUGUUGUAAAUGUGCCAGCAUUUGAUGUUCGCUUUGCACUUCGGAACCUGUUGCGUUUUGAUCCAUAGAGGCGGUGGAGUCGCUUUUUGACGGGCUUUCCAGUUUUUUGUUUUGGGGGUUUUUUUUUGUUGUUGUUGUUGUUGGAUUUUGCUUUUGCUUCUCAUUUGACUUUUCCCUGCCCUCUCCGGUCUGUGUUGCAUGCACUCUGUUCAAAUGUUAGGUCUGAAGUAGCUGGCACAAGGGAAAAGCUGUGUCAUCAAUUUCUUGGAGUGGGAUGGCCCUGAGUAGCCUUGCUCCUUAUUUGUACUGUUUGAACUCCGCAGAUCUCCGUUCUAUCGAGCAGGACCCCCACACCGGAUCCUUUCUUGACCACUGACCAGCUCGAAUCUGGCCUUUUGUAUGUGAGACGAUCUGUUUCUUUUGUUUAUCAUGCCGUAUGCAAAUCAAAGCAAGAGCCUCCCCCUCCCCACCCCCCGCCCAGAGCAAGAAAUGCAAAGAAAUAAGUGUGAGUAGGAAGUUGUCAGUAGGAUAUUCUACCCCUGAAAAAGGUUCUAGAACUCUCCCCAGAGUCUACUGGCUUGGAUUUGUGACGCAGUUUACAAAAGUGUGGGGAAGAAACACUUGCUGUUUUUCCCUUUUGGCUGAGUUCACCUUAAGACUGUAAAUGUGUAAAUGUCAUUGAGUCUUGGAAAAUGUGUUAUUUUCGUUGCCCUAAAUUUGAGUCGAUUUUAGACUCAAAAAAUG